AUGCCAGCUGCAGCAUCCACGACAAAAAAGGUGGCCUCACUAAAGUCACUUCAAGCGAAGCUAAAGGGUUUGCACGCUUCGUUCAACAACAUAGUGGACUUCGUAUCAAAUUACCCCGAGGAUGUUACCGCUAGCCAGAUAUCAGUACGGUUAGAGCAUUUGGCGGAGCUGUGGGAAAAGAUUGGAGAGUUGGUUGCUGAGGUGGAGUCCCAUGAGGACUUUGUGGUUGAAGAUGAUGCCUUUGCCAAGGAGCGGUUGGAUUUCGAAAACCGUUAUUUCCAUGUUAAAUCUUCUUUGCUGGACAAGACCAAAGAGUUGCAGGAUCCUCCGGUUCAAGAUCAAUCUUCAGCACAGGUCGACAAUUCCAUGCAUGUUUCGUCGGAUCAUGUUCGUUUACCUCAAAUAAAACUCCAAACUUUCGACGGUAACAUCGACGAGUGGCUUAGCUUUAGGGACCUUUUCACAUCGUUGAUUCACUGGAAGGUAGAGCUACCAGAUGUGGAGAAACUGCAUUACUUAAAGGGAUGUCUACAAGGAGAGGCGAAGGCGCUAAUCGAUCCUCUGAAAAUAACGAGAGGAAACUAUCAAAUUGCUUGGGAAACAUUACUGAAACGCUAUAACAAUAGCAAAUUGUUGAAGAAGCGGCAAAUUCAAUCGCUUCUAAAACUUUCUUCGGUGGCUAAGGAGUCUGCAGUCGAAUUACAUACACUUUUGGAGAGUUUCGAACGAGUUAUUCACACCUUGGAUCAGAUUGUGCAGCCAAAUGACUACAAGGAUCUGCUGUUGGUUAAUAUUCUCAGCUCCCGUUUGGAUCCCAGCACACGCCGAAGUUGGGAGGAACAUUCAGCGAGUAAGGAACAGGAUACCCUAAACGAUCUAACGGAUUUUCUGCAGCGUCGAGUUCAAAUUUUAGAAUCUUUGCCAUCCAAGUUUACAGAAAGCAAGCGCGAAUCGUCACCUACUAGGAAAAGGAUACCACCAUUUCGAGUCAGCCACAAUGCAGUUCAAACGUCAACUGGGAAAUGCUCCGCUUGUCCCGAAAAUCAUUGGCUAUACACUUGUCCCACUUUCCAAAGGAUGUCGGUAGCUAGUAGAGAAUCGUUGUUGCGCACUCAAUCGCUGUGUCGUAACUGCUUCAAACGAGGUCAUCAGGCUAAGAGCUGUUCUUCCAAAUAUUCUUGCAGGAAAUGUAAAGGUCGGCAUCACACACUGGUUUGCUUCCAGAAAAAUGGAGAAGGCGAGAAACAAAGGACAACCGAAGAACCUGGACCAUCUAGAAACAAUGCGGUUUCGUUAGCGGACACGAGUACGAGAACUGCAAACACAUCAGUAACGGAAAUAAUAUCAACCAACUUCUCGCAAAAGCGAAGCACUAAUAUACUACUUGCUACUGCUGUGGUUCUGGUCGAGGACGAUGAAGGCUUACAGUACCCUGCACGGGCGUUACUCGAUUCGGGAUCGGAAUGUAAUUUCAUCUCGGAGCAACUUCGUCAAAUGUUAAAGGUGUCCAGGGAAAGGGUGGACAUUGCAGUACUCGGAGUAGGUCAGGCAUCGACAAGGGUAACUCAACGCAUCGCGGCUACAGUGCACUCACGGGUUUCUGAAUUUUCAAGGAAAAUGGAGUUUUUGGUUUUACCAAGGGUUACGGUGAGCCUACCGAUAACAACGGUGCAAAUUUCGGAAUGGAAAUUCCCAGAAGGAAUUCAUCUGGCGGAUCCAGCCUUUUUCCAAUCAAAAUGUGUCGAUUUGGUUCUCGGUAUCCAGGCCUUUUUCAGCUUUUUCCGGACUGGCAACGAAUUCACACUGGGUGACGGUCUUCCACGGCUAACUGAAUCGGUUUUCGGUUGGGUGGUGUCCGGUGAGAUACAAUCAGCGAAAACUUCUUCAUGCAUCACGUGUAACUUGGCGGUAUCAGACACUUUGGAACAGUUAAUGGAGCGGUUUUGGGCCUGUGAGGAUAUGGGCAACUGCAACAACUAUUCGCCCGAAGAGGCGCGCUGCGAGGAGCAGUUUGGGCGUACUACUCGAAGGGAAUCUGAUGGUCGGUAUACUGUUUCGCUCCCCAAGGAUGAAUCAACAUUUUCGCUGCUGGGUAUGUCAAAGGAUAUUGCUUUAAAGCGUUUUCAAGGGCUAGAGAGGAGGUUGGAUCGAGACACCGAACUUCGCGUGGGAAGCUCUCACUGGUGUCCAUCGAGAAAAAAAGUGAAAAUCAACGCCAUGUGCUAUCAGGCCGAUAUUCUAGAGAAGGUUGUGGCCCCGGAACUUCGGGAGCUCUACCGGAAGGAUCAUGACGUCCUUCAAUAG